GCUUCCGGCUUGGGCAUUCGGGCUGUGACCAUGGACGCGACGGAGCUCGGUGUGUCUGGGGAGGGAGAGGAGAUAGAUAUGGAAGUGAUGAGACCUUUGAUUGAAAGUGAAGAUCGCUUUGAAGGGACAUAUGGCGAGAAAAAACACUUGCAACGAUAUCUCAAUUCCGACAACAAGAAAGAUGAGGAAGUGAUGAAACCUCUGAUUGAAAAUGAAGAUGAUUCUGAUGGGACCUGUGAUGAGCACCAGUAUUUGCAAAGACAUCCAGAUUUGGACAACAAGGACGGCCUUACGUUCUUUCAAACACUUAUACAUCUUUUAAAAGGCAACAUUGGAACAGGGCUACUCGGGCUGCCUCUGGCAAUGAAAAAUGCCGGUGUUUUGCUAGGACCAAUAAGCCUUUUGUUUUUCGGGAUCAUAUCCAUUCACUGUAUGAACAUAUUGGUACGAUGCAGCCACUUUUUAUGUCAAAGAUAUAAAAAGGCAAACCUGGGUUACAGUGAUACUGUCGGCCUCGCCCUUGAAGUUGGACCAGGUGUUCUUCAGCGGCAUGCUUCAUUUGGAAGGAAUUUGGUUGACUGGUUCUUGGUGGUGACACAACUGGGGUUUUGCAGUGUUUACUUUGUCUUCUUAGCAGAAAAUAUAAAACAAGUAUUUGAAGUGUUUUUGGAGACCAAGUUACAGCAGUCGGAAAUAGGAAUAUGGAGCCUUGACCUGAGAAUAUACAUGUUCUCUUUCCUUCCGCUAAUCAUUCCACUGGUGUUUAUUCGGGAUCUGAAGAACCUGUCUUUGUUGUCUUUCUUUGCCAAUGUCUCCAUGGCAAUCAGUCUCCUAAUUGUCUAUCAGUAUGUAAUCAGGAAUUUAUCAGACCCUCGUACACUGCCACUGGGAACGAGUUGGAAGACCUAUCCAUUGUUUUUUGGGACAGCUAUAUUUGCGUUUGAAGGAAUAGGAGUGGUGCUUCCCCUAGAGAAUCGUAUGAGGGACAAAAAAGACUUCUCCAAAGCUCUGAAUAUUGGCAUGGCAAUAGUGACCACUCUGUACAUCUCUCUAGCUACACUUGGCUACUUUUGCUUUGGAGAUCAAAUCAAGGGCAGCAUAACCCUGAACCUUCCCCAAGAUUCAUGGUUGUACCAACUGGUAAAAAUUCUCUACUCUUUUGGGAUUUAUGUUACUUAUGCAAUUCAGUACUACGUUCCAGCAGAAAUCAUUCUACCUGCCGUUACAUCUCGAGUGCAAAAAACAAGGAAACUCCUGUGUGAAUUCACUAUGAGAUUCUUCCUCGUCUGCCUUACCUGUGCCGUUGCUGUUUUGAUUCCCCGCCUUGACUUGGUGAUUUCCUUUGUCGGCGCUGUGAGCAGUAGCACCUUGGCGCUGAUUCUUCCGCCAUUGGUUGAAAUAAUUACCUAUCACAAAGAAAACUUAAGUCCGUGGGUCAUUAUGAAAGAUGUCGGCAUAGCCGUCAUUGGCUUUGUUGGGUUUAUAGCUGGAACAUAUGUAACAAUUGAAGAAAUGAUUUACCCCAUAUCGUACGUGCCUCCAAAUGUUUCCCAUAGUGAUUUUGGUGUACUUAACAAUACUGUCUUAGAAGGUCAUUGAGGUUGACUUUUUUAUGGUACUUACUAUUCCAGUGCCUGUACAGCAGUGUAUUUAAAGAAAAAGCGACUGUAUAUAAUGUGUUUAGUCAGCAAGGGUAACAAGAAAACUUUAUUAUACUUCACGAUUUCUUUUAUAUUACAUUUAUAUGGACCUUAAAAAUAACUUUUCGGUGGAAGCAGAUCUCCGUGUAGCUGCAAUUUUUGUAUUGAUAAGAUAUUAAAUGCUGCUUUUUAAGGGGAAGGGUAUCCUAAGCAAAUAUAAAAGCAGAGUUUUUUUUUAUUAGGACAUAUUUUAUUUAAGGGACAGUUUAGCUACUUUUAUGGCUUUACCACUUUCCACAACCAGCACCACUACACCCCUUGGGUCCCCCAUCCAACCCCACCACUUCCAUUCUGCCCUUGGCUUUCUCUCUUAAAACAAAAAAAA